AUGGGUUCUUCUGGUUCCAACUCUAAAACGUCCCAACAGAACAGGUGUACUUGCAAAGUAAAGUUAGCCUUAAGUGUCGUCUAUCUAAAGUUGUACAAUCGGCACAGGAGGGUGGAGCCCUCGCAACUGGCUUACCGGGGUGUGCGUGUGUCUUUGGGUGUCGAGGCACGCGCAGGACACGCACGGACCCACUUUCCUACGGCAGCCCAAUCAAACUCUGGCUCUCACCUCAAAGGCUGUCAACUCUCACGCCUCUGCCUGCGCGCACAGCCAGCCCCCUCCUCACUCUUCCACUACCUCACGCCCCGCCUCCAAAGUAGCACGCACCACUCUCAUUGGCAAGUGCUCCUCUCACUCCUAUUCCUCAACCAAUCACUCGAGUUCUGGUGGAGAGCGGCGGAGCCAAUGGGAAUGCUCGUUGCGGCAGCUGCCGGGUCCGAGCGCCGGGGAGGCGGUGCCGGGGGCGGGGUGCGGGUGGGGAAAUCAGUUGCCAUUUGGAGUGAGGAGCAGGCGGAGGCGGCGGCGGCGGUGUUUGCGGUGGCGCGGGAUCCGCGGAGAGCCAGACACCUCGAGGCCCUUUCCUCCUGUCCCGAUCCCCAGAAGCAGGGGUCCGGGCCCUCCCUGCAGUUGCCGGGCGAUCCCGCGCGUGCAGCCCUGCGAGGCAGCGAGCGGCCCCGAGGCUGCGUGAUCCGGACUGUUGCCCCUCUCCCCUCACGGCCCGCCGGUUGGGGCCGUUGGGCGUUUGUUUUUGCAGCCUUCCCCUCCCCCCCUCGCCGAGGCGGCGGGGGUGCGCGUUGGGAAGGGGGAGCCGAGAGACUCCUCCUCCUCCCCGAUACCCCCGCCCCUCCCCCUUACACACUCGCACGCACUAUCGCGCCGGCUCCCACACGCUCGCGCGCCUCCCGCUCUGCGCCUCCGUGUCGGCCGGCGUCGUCCCGGGCCCUCGGAGCCACCAUGUCCACUGCCUCCUCCUCCAGUUCCUCUCAGACCCCUCAUCCCCCGCCGCAGAGGAUGCGGCGCAGCGCCGCGGGCUCCCCGCCCGCCGCCCCCUCCGCCGGCAACGGGAACGGUGCGGGCGGCGGCGGCGUGGGUUGCGCCCCGGCUGCGGGAGCCGGCCGGCUGCUGCAGCCCAUCCGCGCCACGGUGCCCUACCAGCUCCUGCGGGGCAGCCAGCACAGUCCCACGCGCCCACCCGCCGCCGCCGCCGCCGCCUCGCUGGGCAACCUCCCGGGCCCCAGCGCGGCCCGCGGCCCCAGCCCGCCCAGCCCGACGCUGCCGCCCGCCACGGCCGCGGCCCCUACCGAGCAGGCGCCGCGGGCCAAGGGCCGCCCGAGACGGUCCCCCGAGAACCACCGGAGGAGCAACUCACCUGAGAGACGGAGCCCCGGCUCGCCCGUGUGCAGAGUGGACAGGCCAAAAGCUCAACAAGUUCGAAACUCUAGUACAAUCAGACGAACCUCUUCUUUGGACACGAUAACAGGACCUUACCUCACAGGACAGUGGCCACGGGAUCCUCAUGUUCAUUACCCUUCGUGCAUGAAAGAUAAAGCUACUCAGACACCCAGCUGUUGGGCAGAAGAGGGAGCAGAAAAGAGGUCACAUCAGCGUUCUGCAUCAUGGGGGAGUGCUGAUCAACUAAAAGAGCAGAUUGCCAAACUGAGGCAGCAACUACAACGUAGUAAACAGAGUAGUCGGCACAGUAAGGAGAAAGAUCGUCAGUCACCUCUUCAUGGCAACCAUAUAACAAUCAAUCACACUCAGGCUACUGGAUCAAGAUCAGUCCCUAUGCCGCUGUCAAAUAUAUCAGUGCCAAAAUCAUCCGUUUCACGUGUGCCCUGCAAUGUAGAAGGAAUAAGUCCUGAAUUAGAAAAGGUAUUCAUUAAAGAAAAUAAUGGGAAGGAGGAAGUGUCCAAGCCGGUGGAGAUCCCGGAUGGCCGGAGGGCCCCGCUGCCUGCCCACUGCCGGAGCAGCAGCACGCGCAGCAUCGACACCCAGACGCCCUCGGUGCAGGAGCGCAGCAGUAGCUGCAGCAGCCACUCACCUUGUGUCUCCCCCUUCUGUCCCCCCGGGUCCCAGGACGGUAGCCCUUGCUCAACAGAAGACUUGCUCUAUGAGCGUGAUAAAGACAGUGGGAGUAGCUCACCGUUACCCAAGUACGCUUCAUCUCCCAAACCAAACAACAGCUACAUGUUCAAACGGGAGCCCCCAGAGGGAUGUGAGCGAGUGAAGGUCUUUGAGGAAAUGGCGUCUCGUCAGCCUAUCUCAGCCCCUCUCUUUUCAUGUCCUGACAAAAACAAGGUUAAUUUCAUCCCAACCGGAUCAGCUUUCUGUCCUGUAAAACUUCUAGGCCCUCUCUUACCUGCCUCCGACCUGAUGCUCAAGAACUCUCCUAACUCAGGCCAGAGCUCGGCCCUGGCCACCCUGACCGUUGAGCAGCUCUCCUCCCGGGUUUCCUUUACGUCUCUUUCUGACGACACCAGCUCGGUGGGCGCCCUGGAGGCCUCCGUCCAACAGCCAUCCCAGCAGCAGCAGCUCCUGCAGGACCUGCAGGGCGAGGAACACAUCUCUGCUCAGAAUUAUGUGAUCAUCUAAAGCAAAGGGGGAGCUGGCCUCUACCCUACCUUCACGGAUUAGGAACUAGACCUCAGACAUCUUAUCUGCAUGGAGUGACAAACUUUCUGAACACCACCACCACCAACAGAAUACUUAUCAGCAUCGUAAAGUAUCUCUUAACACUGAUCUUGGCAGGGACGGAACUCCUAUUCAGCAGUUUUUGUGGAAAGCAGUACUGCUUGCAAAAUGUGUGUGUCAUUCAGCAUUUUAAGUGGAGACUAUGCAUUUCAUAGUAUGUUUGACAGAUUAGUACUGUGUCCUGUGUUUUGUUCCAAAUUCUUCAGUAUAAAUAAGCUCUAUAUCAAAAAGUUGCCUGUCUAAAUAGAAGAUGUCUUGCUGUGUUUUGUCCUAUGGAAAAUACUGUACUUCAGGAUUAUGUUUACAAUUGAUCCAGGUGUUUGUUUCUAACUUCUGUAAUACAUACAAUGCAAAAAAAUAAUAAUAAUAAAUGGCCACAACAGUUGCACAGUGCCCACCCUAUGGCCUAGCUUCAGGUACUUCAGUUGAAGUCUAAACUCAGGUAACUUGGAAUGUAUAUCAUAUUGGGAUAUUAAAUAUUUCACAGCUAAAAAGCUAAAGAGGGAACAUCACUCUUUUGCCUUUCCUUAUUUUAUGCAUUUCCCUUUCCUCAUUACAUUCCACAUUCUUAGAAUAAGAAGUGCAUUCAACCCUAGGAGAACAAUAAUCCUGGACAUGGGUGAACAUGAGGAGAACCAGCAAAUCUGUGGUGUCUGACAUCAUUUUUGUCAUGCGGUUACAAGUAAAACAACUGUUGAAUUCACUUUUCAACAUGUGUAAAUGUGGCUUUUUUUUUUUUUUUUUAAACAAGUUCAGGUGUUGCUCAGUUCAUGACUGUUACAGUGUUGCAAAGAAAGUGUCUCCGGUACCAGACUGUACAUAAACAUUCCAGUUGUGUGUGAUGGAAUUUAACAACAAGAAAGUCUAGGUUUAACAGUAAAACAGUGAACUCUCACAGGGGAUGGGAGAGAGUUUUUGUUUAUGUUGGCCAUCAGCGUCAUGAAAUGCUGUUUCAGCUAAAGGCAUAUUGAUGUUCAGUUUCUCUCUUGGAAAUUCUUUAAUUUGAGGGUUUACAAAUGACACGCUUUUGGUUAUUGUUUUCCUCGAGCAGUUGAGGUGCAUGAGUUGCAUUCAUGUGGAGAGAGAACGUGUGGGUCUCAGAAGUAAUGCAGCACUGGAAGCUGGCUGUUUGUGGGGACUUAGAAAAAGCAGCAGUUUGCGGCUGUCUCUUCAGGCCUCUCCUCACAGUAUCGUGGAUGGUUCUGUUAGUAUUUCGGAUGUGCAAAGUAAAGCAAAAACCCAAGUAAAUUGCCUUGAACUUGCAGACUUGACCUGAAUUUUCAACGAAGUUGUGUGAAGAGAGCCCUAGAUAAUCCCGAGUGGUCAGUGGAAGAGCCCAACUCUCAGACUUUGUUUUCUGCAGCACAGAGAGUCUCCAGAAGCAAAGGGAAGUUUUCGUAUUUUUAUUCCAUUGCUUUUAGUUCAGUAAAGCAUAGAGUUGUUUCAUCUGUACCUACAGUAUAUGGCACCGUUUUCUUAAGAAUUAGGGGAAUAAGGUGCCUACAGUCACGGGAACGUUUCAGUUCCCUUCAGUCAUUCCUUGGGGUUUUUUGUUUUAUUUUCUAAGGAGGCUGAAGAAGGAAGAGGUGAUAGAGAAGAAAGCAACACCAUUGAUUUUUUUAAGAAAUGAUAUAUAUAUAUAUAUAUGUAUAUGUUUGCGUGUGUAUGUAUUCUAUGUAUUAUUUUGUUAUGAACCCAAUUAUCUUCUUUCCACCAAAGUUUGCAGUAAUAUUCUCUCCUGAAGGUGCAUUCUGGCUCCUUUAAAUUAGUCAGUGUUAUAUUGUAGGAGACUGUCAUGGAAAAGGACUCAGUUUACUUUUGCCAUUUUCACAGGGGAACCUUUUAAAACAAUCUCUUCAGCAGCAGACACCUUUAACCCUAAUAAUCUCAGGCCUUGAUGAAAAUACUAUAUUUUGUAGAUUAUGGUUAAAGGGAGAAAAUUAUUAGUUCUGUAAGAUAAAUAUGAGCUCCAUUAACUUCUGAUAUCUGGUUUAGCAUUACAUAAUGUGUUGAUCUUAUGCUCUGCUUUUGUCCAAAUAUGAUGCAAUAGUAUCGAUAUCAAUUUCUGAAAGAUGGACUGAAUGCUUUUUUGGUGAUGAAAUCUGAUGUACGGUAUUUAUAGUGACAUGUGCUUUUAUUUUCUCAUGAGAAACUAAAUAUUAAUUGUGUUGUACAUUUGUUCUUAGCAUAUAUUAAAGUUUUGAACCAAAUGUGUUAAAGCUUAUGCUUUGCCAUGUAAAUUUCCCAGAAGUUGUUGAGCUCAAAUGUAUCCUACAUCCAGCUGUAGAAAUUUGUCAGAAAUUGUUUAAAUUUUGUAUAUAGUUGUACUGUUUAAUUCUAGCCACUGCGCUGAACAGUAUUCGAGUUACCAUACAAUAUGGCUUUACACAAGGAAAUGUGUGGCUUUUGUUUUGUAUUUUUUCAGUAUAGAAGUUCCUGUGUCUUAUUUAAAUAAAGUUAUUAGUAAAA